AUGAUAAUAAAAUAUAAUGAUAAAGAUCUUUUUAUUAUAGAAUCUUUAGGAGGAUAAGGUAAAGUCGUACUUUAUAGAUGGGCUCUAUUUUUAUAAAGUAAAUGGAAUACAUAUUUUGAUAAAAUUGUUUAUAGAAAAUUGAUUUAUUAAAAAACUUACGAAAAUAUUAUUAAUUUGGAAAGAUUUAUAUAAUUUGCUUUAAAUAAAAAGUUUAGUUUAACUUUGAGAAAGUUAUUACAUAAAAAAUAAGAAUAAAAUGAAGAAAGUGAACAUAAUUCAAAUAGAACUUUCUUUUGUUCGGAAUUAAUUGCUUCAUUAUAUAAAAAAAUGAAAGUUUUAGCUGAAGAUACAGCAUCUUCUUAUUAUUUACCAGGCUCAUUUAGUUAAUAAAAAAAUUUAAAAUUAAUAAAUCGUGCUUAAUUAUAAAAUGAAUUAGUUAUUGAUUUCGAAAUUAGUUGA